AUGGAAAAUAAUAUUAAUUAUUGGAUUGAAUUAGAACUUCAAGCAGUACAUUGGAGACCAACAUGCUUGACAACAGGUGGUUGCGCAAAUCCACGUUUUCGAAUUUCUAAAUUUAAUAAAUUUAAUGCUGAAAUUAUCUCAAUAAGUUGGAGUAUUACGGAAAAUUUUGUUGAGCGACAUUCUCGAAAAUUCAUUACUCAUUGGUUAAAUGGUAAACCACAUGAAAUUACACUUCAAUGUGAUGUCAUCGGCAUGGAUCCAUUGUAUGGAUUUUUACGAACUUGUGAUACCACACAAAAUAUUGAAAUAUUCAAAGAAAAUAAUGAAUUUCAGGAACUUAACACUUAUCAAAUGUUAGCAUCAUCAGAAGAUGAAUUAUCAAUGAAUGAACGAAAUGGUAAACUUAUUGUUGAAAUUCGAGCCAAAUGUUUUAAUGCUUCAUUUAUUGCUCGAAAAUAUAUGAAACAUUGUCCGUGGUGUUCAGCACCAGAUGAUAUGACACUUAUUGAAUCAGCACCUGAGUAUGAAACAAUCAACGAUGAUGCUAAAAUGAGUUUGGCAAAGAAAUUUGUGCAAUUUUUUCUUGGCGAGCAAAUUUUGCUAAUAUUUUUGCUAAGCUUAUUACUGAUAAGCUUACUAGGCUUAAUUUGCUUACUUCUAAUUAUCAGUAAACAACGUCAUUUCAUUUCAUUGCUACAAAAACGAUCACAACCUAUCAAUCAUCUUAAUUCAUAUCUUUAUUCAAAACAAUUUUCAAAAUCAGUUAAAAAUGCUGAUGAUAGGUAUGAUGUACCAUGGGAUCAACAUUGUAUUUUGCAACGAUUUUGGAUUAAUGAUAAUUCAAAUAUUGAUGAUAACAAACAACAAACAAUGAUUGCUUCAAGAAUAUCAAAACAUCCUUCAGCUUCAUUAGCAUAUAUUCCACGAAAAACAACAAUCACUGGAACUUUGUCAACAAUUUCAAAAAGACUAUCACCUAAUUCAUCACUAUGCGAGCAACAUGAAGAUAGUGGCUUAGAAUCAGUUUAA